AUGACCUCCCCGAUUACAUCAUUCCGACCGCAGCCAGGACGGCGGCCGUCCAUCAGCUCGCGGCUCUCCUUUGCGGUGUCGCAUGCCGAGGCCGGAGAGGAGCCCGUCGCUGCCGGGCCCGCGCAAGUGCAGAUCGCGGAAGAAAUCGCCGAGAUUAAGCGGUACGAGGACUUUACGACGAUAGACUGGGUGCAGGACGCCGCACGCGAACAAGCGAGACGAAAGUCGAAGCAACGACGCGCGGCCGGCCUCUACGCGCAGGGACAGACGAGCUGGCGCCAUCGCGCGUCGCAGUCGUAUGACGCCGCCCAGGGAUGGAUUGUCGUCACAAUCAUUGGCGCAGCGAUUGGCCUGAAUGCGGCAUUCUUAAACAUUGUCACUGAAUGGCUGGCGGAUAUCAAACUGGGCUACUGUACAACCGCAUUCUAUCUCAACGAGAACUUUUGCUGCUGGGGUGAAGACAACGGUUGCCCUCAAUGGCAUAGAUGGACCGGCUUCGCCCCUUUCAAUUACUUUCUAUACAUGGCAUUUGGGACCAUAUUUGCAUUUGUUUCCGCUGCCUUGGUCCGAUCGUUCGCGCCCUAUGCCGCCGGGUCCGGCAUCUCGGAGAUCAAGUGCAUCAUUGCAGGCUUUGUGAUGAAGGGUUUUCUCGGGUUCUGGACGCUCGUCAUCAAGUCUAUAUGCCUUCCUCUGGCUAUUGCGUCUGGGCUCUCCGUCGGAAAGGAGGGCCCCAGCGUGCACUAUGCAGUCUGCACCGGCAACGUCAUUUCGCGACUCUUCAAAAAGUACAGAAACAAUGCCUCCAAGACGCGAGAGAUUCUCAGCGCCUGCGCUGCUGCAGGUGUGGCGGUUGCUUUUGGCAGCCCCAUCGGAGGUGUGCUAUUUUCCCUCGAGGAAAUGUCUAGUUACUUUCCCCUCAAGACAAUGUGGCGCAGCUACUUUUGCGCCCUGGUCGCUACGGCUGUUUUAUCGGCAAUGAACCCGUUUCGAACUGGGCAGCUGGUCAUGUUCCAGGUCAAGUAUGACCGCGACUGGCACUUUUUCGAAAUUCUCUUUUACAUCAUCAUUGGCAUUUUUGGUGGACUCUAUGGUGCAUUUGUUAUCAAGUGGAAUCUGCGGGUGCAAGCUUUCAGGAAAAAGUAUCUCGGCAACUAUGCGAUUCUGGAAGCUACUCUGCUUGCUGCUGGAACUGCCAUUAUUGCUUAUCCCAACGUGUUCUUGCGCAUUGACAUGACUGAGAGCAUGGAAAUCCUCUUCCUCGAAUGCGAGGGAGGGGAAGAUUAUCAGGGCCUCUGCGAUGCAGACAAGCGCUUCUGGAACAUCAUGUCACUCACCAUUGCUACUGUUCUGCGAAUGUUCCUCGUCAUUAUCUCAUACGGGUGCAAAGUCCCUGCCGGCAUCUUUGUCCCUUCAAUGGCUAUUGGUGCGUCGUUUGGACGAACCGUCGGCAUCAUUGUGCAAGCCAUUUAUGAAGCCAACCCAACGAGCGUCUUCUUCUCGGCAUGCAAACCUGACGAACCAUGCAUUACACCAGGCACGUAUGCAUUUCUGGGCGCGGCUGCUGCGCUCAGUGGCAUCAUGCACAUUACUGUCACAGUUGUGGUUAUCAUGUUUGAGCUGACGGGCGCACUGACUUACAUCUUGCCGACCAUGAUUGUCGUUGGCGUCACGAAAGCCGUGAGCGAGCUCUUCGGAAAAGGUGGCAUCGCCGACCGCAUGAUUUGGUUCAACGGCUUUCCAUUUUUGGAUAACAAAGAGGACCACAACUUUGGCGUGUCCGUUUCGCAAGUCAUGCGAUCUUCCGUGGUUUCGCUUCCUGCAAGCGGCAUGACACUGAGCGAGGUCGAGCCACUCUUGGCCGAUGAUAACUAUCAGGGAUUCCCGAUUGUCACAGACAACAACAGCAAAACCCUGGUCGGUUACAUUGGGCGCACGGAGCUGAGGUAUGCGAUUAAUCGGCUCCGACGUGAAAGGCCUAUGAGUCCGUCUGCGCGAUGCCUCUUCACGCCACCACCGCCGGCAAAUUCUGCAACAUCAAUCAAUACAGCCGUCAAUAUAAAUAUGGAGUCGAUGCCAUCCACGUCACUCGACCUUGGCCGAUACGUCGAUGCGACGCCCGUCACGGCGCAUCCGCGGCUACCGCUCGAAACCGUCAUGGAGCUGUUUCGCAAAAUUGGGCCUCGCGUUAUUUUGAUUGAGUAUCACGGCAAGCUGACGGGUCUCGUUACCGUCAAGGACUGCCUCAAGUACCAGUUCAAGGUAGAGGCCGAGGAAAAUCCCAAGGACGACCAGCACAUUAUUGAAAGCCAGGAGCAAGUAUGGGCUGCCAUUCGCCGCGCCAGCACCUGGGUAUCAGAUCGCAUAUGGAGCGUUUCCGGCGGCAGGAUUCGACUUAGUGGCCAGUUUGAUGAAGACAGAUCAAGAAGUCGAGGAGAUGCCAUACUAGACGGUGACGAGGACGUCGGCGACGAAGGGCUGGAAAUGGAGAGGCGCCGGCCCUAG